GUCAAGAUCCGGCGAUGCCAGCACUGCACGAACUGAGCACCCUCGAUCCGAGCCUGACGUACGCGCGCGAGCGACGCUUUCACUUUGCAGCCGCGGGCAGCGUCGUCAUCCUCCAGGACAUUGCGCAUGUCGGUGGCACGGUCUGGGAUGCGGGCGUCGUCCUGAGCCACUACCUCGAUACGCUUGGUUCGAUCGCGAUGAAAGGCAAGCGCCUGGUCGAGCUCGGCGCGGGCACCGCCCUGCCAAGCAUCAUCGCAGCGCGCCUUGGCGCUGACGUCGUCGCUACCGACAUGAGUGACGUCCUGCCAUACACGAAUGCUGCGAUUGCUACCAACACGACCCAGUGCGAUACGAUUCAAGCGGUCGAGCUCGUGUGGGGGCGACACGGCGCGGGCCUCAAGGCCGUCGCAAACCGCGCGUGCGACUACGUUGUCGCAGCCGACGUCGUGUACAACGACAUGUACUUUGACGCGCUUCAAGAGACACUCCGCGCGCUCGCUUCGCCAGCGACGCGCAUCCUCAUCUGCUUUGAGCAGCGGCGGCGCGACCUCGGGGCCUUCUGGGCCUCCUGUGCCCCGACCUUCAUGGUCGCCCGCCUCUCGUCGCCGCUUUUAGACGCCUGCCACACUGAAGCAAAGAUACAACUCUACGAGCUCCGUCGCCGCGACGAUCCUGCCACCAUCUAAGCAAAAGCGUUCGUGUGUA